AUGCACCAUGAGGAUUUUGUCAAGCAUGCCUCCAUGGAGAAAGGGUCUCUGUCCGGCACCGACGACGUUAUCGACGACGGCGUUCCCCGCUCUGGGAACACCUUCACGGCUGUGGGACACACCAUCACGGCCGUGAUUGGGGCUGGAGUUCUGUCCCUGCCCUAUGCCAUCUCCAUGCUGGGAUGGGUGGCGGGUCCCCUCUGCCUGGGCCUGUUUGCGAGCAUCACCCUGUACACCUCCCAGCUACUAGCAGACUGCGGCGUCAUCAACGGCCUGCGCCAGCGCACCUACACCAACGUGGUAGAGACCACAUUUGGCCGCUGGGGCUACCUCACCAUCGGAUGGGUGCAGCACUCCAACCUGGUGCUCACGGCGUUGGCCUACCAGAUCACCGGCGGACUCUCGCUGCAGACUGUAGCCAAGUCCAUCUGUGCGGCCCAGGGCGCGACUGACUGCUUCGACUCCUACUGGAAGUGGGCCAUCAUCUUUGCGGCCAUCCAGGUCCUCAUGGUCCAAAUGCCCGACCUGUCUUACUUCUGGUGGGCAUCACUCAUUGGCGCCGCCAUGUCUUUCUCCUACUCCACCAUUGCGCUCGCGCUGAGCAUCCGCGAAGGCAACACGCACGGCACUGUGGGCGGCCAGAGCCUGACGCCCUCAGAAAAGGGGUUUGGCAUCCUGAACUCUGUGGGUGCCAUCCUCUUUGCCUACUCCUUCAGCAUGAUCCUGAUUGAGAUCCAGGACACGCUGAAAGGCGCUGGAAAGGGCGGCCCCGUCCGCGUCAUGCAGAAGGCUGUCCAGAUUUCCGUGGCUGCCAUGACCUCCUUCUACAUGGCAGUCUCCGUCGCUGGGUACAUGGCCUUUGGCAAUGCGGUGCCCGGAAACAUCCUGAAUGCUUUCGACCAGCCCCGCUGGGUGAUUGACAUGGCAAACAUCAUGGUGGUCAUCCACAUGAUUCCCGCCUACCAGGUCUACUCCCAGCCCUUCCUGGCCUUCUCCGAGUACCACUACAACCAGUGGCGCUAUGCGCCAUCCUUCUUCAAGGGCAUUACCUUCCGCCUGGUCUACCGGACGGCCUAUGUCAUCCUGAUCGGCUUCCUGGGCAUCUGCCUUCCCUUCUUCGGGGACAUCGUGGGUCUAGUCGGGGCAAUCGGCUUCUGGCCCGCGACCGUCUUCUUCCCCAUCGAGUGCUGGAUUCGCGUGUAUCGCCCCAAUGCCACCAAGCGCAUGUGGCUGCGGUGCCUCAACGUCGGGUGCUUCAUUGUCACCUUGGCUGCCACAGUCGGCAGCGUUCAGCUGAUUGUCGUCGACUCCCAGAGCUACGAAAUCUUUUCCGACUAG